AGGUUCGCAAUUAAAACUGGACUCGGUGGUAGUGCCGUGUACUACAGCAAACAGGAAGGUAUAUGGGACGAAAAUACCGAAAAUGUGUGCGAACGUUACUCUAGCGCCCUGAAGCCACAUCUGGAUUCCGUAAAGAAACAAAUUCCGUUGGAUAUACCAGCGCUGCCUUCCAGCGGAGAGCUAUGUUUCGUGACGAAACAUUACUACAAUGAAGGCGUGAAGAGUACGUUCCACUUCAUUCAUCGGCUUCCUUGCUACGCAGGACAGUUAGUCAAAAAGGGUUCGGAUGCUAUCAAACAGGCAUUAGAUGCACAGCCAGCUCAGAAAGCGGAACCCGCACCGGUAGUAGCAACGACAAAGAAAUAG